AUGAUGAAAUGGAAUCCCUUUAAUAGCACACGCCAAACUGGCGACCAAGAUAUAGGAUCAAAUGACACGAACAACGGAUCGUCUGCUAUGAGUAGCAGUCAGAACCACGAACAAGAUUCUGCUUAUAUUGGUCAAACAUCCUCCAAUGCCGAGCCCCAGCGUGAACCGACAAACAUUCUGCCUAGUGAUUUUGGCGGCUAUCUUCUCCACCCCGAGAACAAGACAAACCAAAGCUCUGAUCUCAUGCACGGCUCCGAUGAUAUGGUAGCUCGCAAGGACCGCACGAUUGAAGACAGCAAGAAGGCUGCUUCUCCUGGUCAUGCCUUCAAGCCUGAAUUGACUCAUGAUGAGGACAUUGGCUUCUUUGGUGAUUCAAACACAACUGAACUUCAUGCUACAUCUCGCUCGACCUUGGAUCAAGCAGGACUUCAUAGAGGCUCCAUCACUACUCUGCCUUCUGCUGGUGAUCGCAGAAGAGGCUCUGCUCAGUCAUCUGGAAGACGAGAGUCGCUCAACAAUGAACGACGUGGAUCUGCUCAUCAACGCGGUGUCCCAAUCUCUGGCUUAGGCGGCGUUCAUGCUCCAGAGUCUGCCACUUCUGCUGCAGCCAACGUUAAUGUUCCCAUUGGAGGAAAUGCGUUGUCUGUCGAUAACAAGGUCUCAGCACUGCCCUCUGAUAAGUUGAGUUCAGUGGAUGAAUCCAAACAAGAAAAUGACGCUACUGCCAGAAAGAAUAGCUUGACUGGUAUGGCUUCUGCUGCUGUCACUGGUGUAGCCGCUGCUGCUACUGGUGCUGCUGCCGCUAUCUUGGGUACCGGCCAUCAGCAAACCAACACCAAGGAUGAAGCAACCUCCAAGAUGCCUAGCGCUUGGCCUGACGCUCAAGAUUCUGGCUACAUCCUUCAAAGGGACUCGAUCAAGAAGGACGCUACGAAUUGUACCGACGAACCCUCUAUACAUGGCCAAACUCCUUGUUUCUACACAAAAGACAACAUUUGCGAUGAAAAGCACGAGGACUUGAACACCCAUUGUGAACAUGUGCGUGAGCCUUCCAUUCAUGGUCAAAAUCCUAGCUUUUUCUGCGACAAGAAGCAAACCAGUGGUUCUUCUGAUGCCAGAGACGCUAUCAAAUGUCCUGCUAUUACCGGCAACGACUUGACUCAAUCUUACUGUGUCAACACGCAUCCUAUUAAUGCUCAAGGGACUGAUGGCUCGAAUUUUAGCGGUUUGCAUGAUUCCAAGGGCAUUGACUCUGAUGCAAUUACUGCUGGAUCUGAUCCAACUGGAUCUCAUCGCCAUGUAGGCACUGCUGCUGCUGCUACUGCAAUUGGAACUGGAGCUGGCAUUGCUGCCUUCAAUCGUAAACCUAUUGAUGCUGAGGCCAUUCGUCAUCAUUCUCUUGACCACUCCAAGGACGGUAUUCAAGACAAGGACAUGACAGGUGCCGGUAGCAAUGAAAAGAUGGGCGAUGGUUAUAUUUUAGACAGGGAUCAAGCCAGAAAGUUAUCAACUGAUUCCGGUCUUCAUGGUAUUCAUGACAGCACUAGUGCUACUACUUAUUCUCAUGCUAUCCCUGCCUCUGAGCUGUGCCAACCCUGCAAGAGAACUGAUUUAGGUGAGUCCACUCUGUAUGAAGGUCAAGUUCCUAUGAGUAUUAUUGCUGCCUCUUCUGCUGCUGGCGCUACUGCUGCAUCCACAGCCUCAACCAACAACCCAACUGACAAGCAGACUGAUUACUCUGUGGACAAGGCUCAACCCAGCAACAUGACUGACGUCUAUCGCAACAAUGCUCGAGAUAUUGACAACGACAUGGUUGUGCCUGAUAACCCCGAGCCCACUACAGCAAACGUAAUCAGCAAUGCCAGCAAUGUCCAUCGUGGCAAUGCUGAGGGUGAAACUGCCAAUAUGGUCACGCCUGGUAAUUCCACUGUUGGAAAUACAAGAAGCAACACUGAGGAUACCACUUCCGAGAACAUCACUGCUCAGGACCAGCAAACACCAAGAGUUUGUGUCGACGACUCAUCUAGCAACAAGGCUGCUAAGGCUGCUGCUGCUGCUGGUGGAAUCACUGCUGCUGUGGGCGGUUUGUUGGGUUUCCAUCAUAAAGGCAGUGCUCAAUCAAAGACAUCUGCUGAUUCCAAUGAUAGCUCUAGUUUGUCCCGCAAUAACCGUACCGCUACACCUGAAUCGAACAACAUCAACGCCGUCUAUCAAACCAAUGCUCAAGAUGUCCACUCUAAUCAGAUAACAAAAGAGAAUCCCACUUUUGAUGUCGAUCGCAACAACGUUGAUGAUGUCUAUCGCAGCAAUGCACAAGGUGUCUACUCGGAUCAGGUCUCUGAUAGAAAUGCCACACCUACAACCGCACUUUAUGAGAAUGAUGUGAGGGAUGUCUACCGCACCAACGCUGAAGGAACCACUCAAAACUUGAUUGCCCCUGGUAAUCCUACUACCAGCUACAAGGUAAACGAUAUCAGUGAUGUCUAUCGUACUACGCCACGCAGUACAACUCCUUCCAAUAGUACCCCUAACUAUUCUGAAACUCCAAAGCAAGGUUCUUCUCACAAACACGAUAGUCUUCUUGCUAGUGGAGGUAUUGCAGCCGCAGUUGGUGGAAUUAUGGGCGUCCAACAUCACAAUCAAGACAAGCGCAGUAGCAGCAACAAUGACACUGCAUUGCACACCGACAAGUUGCCCUUGGACCACACUGUCGACCAGAAGCCUUUGAGUGAUACUCCUGUCGACAACAAUGCUCAUCCUCAGCAAAUUCAUAGUAAUAGGGCUACUGGUGCUGAUUCAAGUUUGCAUCAUGACAAAUUGCCUCUGGAUCAAACUAUCGAUCAGCAGCCAGUUGGUAAUACUUUGAUGGACAACAACACUCAUCCUCAGCAAAUGCACAGUGCUGCUAGUCAGGUGCCGGAGAAUCGUGCUAAUGACAGUUUGCAUCCUCAAACUGGCUCCCAGAGCCCCGCUCCCUUCAUCGCCGGCAACACUGCUAAUUCCAAUGGUCCUGGUAAUCUCGAGCAAACUCAGGAAACUCCUGUCACUGACAAUCAUCGUCAAAUUGGCACUAUGGGUUCUGCUCCUGUUGACUCUGGACCCUCUGAUCCUGCUCAAGCUCAUAGUAUGAACCCUCAAGGUCUCGGUACGAGUGGCACUGCCCCCAUCAUUGCUAGUUCUACUGGUGUCCCUGUUCCUGGUAAUAUCAAUCGCUCCAAAGGUAGUUUCAGCAGUACGCGUGCUAUUACUGAUAAUAUUGUUCCCUCUCCUGCUGCAGGUGGUGCACUCUCUUCCCGUCCUGAUGAGGUCAAGGAUCGCUCUCUCGAUCGUGAAAACCAAAUCAAGCAACCUGAUCCAAAGCGCAGAGGAAGUUUGACUGAUGGGAUCAAGUCAGUCUUUCGCCGUAUGAGCCUCAAGUCUGACAAGAAGGCCAAUAAGGACGGUCGUCGCUUGUCUGCUGCGGAGGCUUUUAAGAAGCAAACAUUGACAAACAACGGCAAGAGCAAGUCUGCCCCUAUUACCGCUACUACUGCUAAUGUCGCUAACUCUGACCCUACUAAUAACACUGCUGUCUCUGGAUCAGAUGCUGCUCCUAUCGCACCAGCCCAGCAAAAUCAGCAAAAUCCAACAACAGAAGGAUUCAUUAUCAAUAGCAACGAGGCUUCAGCGGCCAGUGGCUCCACCAACCAGGACUAUGCUCGUAUUCCUGGUGUCUAUUCCUUGAAGCCUGCUGGCACUGUCAAUGUGGCUGACAACGGUGAAGUCAACUUUGUCAAGCUGAAUGAGGAAGCUCACGCUAGCGCUCCUACCAAGAGUACUUCAUCUGAUGGUAAAAACGAACACAGACGCGGAUCCAUUCAGAACACUAUCGGAAAGAUUAUUGGUACUAAGAAUAUGCAAGACAAGGGCACACAUUCUCAAGUAUCUGGCAAGGAAAAGACCGAUGCUUAUAAUGCUCAUACUCAUCCUACUAAUUUAAACAACUUUUAA